UUAUCAUCCAUACGUCAGAGGUUUUGGCAGCCCGCGGGUGAACUAUUUUCUUCAUUGUUGACCUUUCCUAAAUCUUAGGUGUAAUUAUUUCUACAUUAGACGUACUCUGGCUUGCCCCUUAUUAUAUUAUAUACAUAUUUCAUAAAAGUCUCUACGAUGGAUUCGGAAGAUGACACAAAGGACGAUGUGGACUCUGGGAACGAGUCUAGCGGAGACGAUGUCGACUUCGCAAUGGACGUUGAAACUCACAGUACAAGAGAACGACAAACUGAGCUCGAGGAGUAUCCGUAUGAAGUGUUAUCUACAGAGGAAAUCGUACAGCACAUGGUAGACUGCAUUAAAGAAGUGAACACUGUUGUCGAGAUUCCAGCUACUACUACGCGUAUUCUGUUGAAUCACUUUAAAUGGGACAAGGAGAAGCUCAUGGAGCGUUUUUACGAUGGCGACCAGGAUCAGUUGUUUUCAGAAGCUAGAGUCAUUAAUCCGUUCAGAAAACCUGUCAUACAAAGGCCGAAAUUGCCGAGAAGGAUAUCCACAUCAGGAACUGAGGAGUGUGAAAUAUGUUUUUCCGUUCUACCAACUUCAAUUAUGACAGGUCUGGAAUGCGGACACAGAUUCUGCACCCAGUGUUGGUGUGAAUAUUUAACAACUAAAAUAAUGGAAGAAGGCUUAGGUCAGACGAUAGCUUGUGCGGCGCAUGCAUGUGACAUCCUGGUCGACGACGCUACGGUGAUGCGGCUAGUGCGCGACCCCAGGGUCAAGCUCAAAUACCAACACAUUAUCACCAACAGCUUUGUAGAGUGCAACAGACUGCUGCGCUGGUGUCCGUCGCCGGACUGCAGCAACGCGAUCAAAGUGGCGUACGUGGAGGCGGCGCCGGUGAAGUGCCGCUGUGGACACAUCUUCUGCUUCGCGUGUGGCGAGAACUGGCACGAUCCAGUGCGCUGCUGUCUGCUCAGGAAGUGGAUUAAGAAAUGCGACGACGAUUCAGAAACGUCUAAUUGGAUAGCUGCGAACACUAAGGAGUGUCCCAAAUGCAACGUGACUAUUGAGAAGGACGGCGGCUGCAACCACAUGGUGUGCAAGAACCAGAACUGCAAAGCUGAUUUCUGCUGGGUGUGCCUUGGACCGUGGGAACCGCACGGCAGCAGUUGGUACAACUGUAAUAGGUACGACGAGGACGAGGCGAAGGCGGCGCGCGACGCGCAGGAGCGGUCCCGCGCGGCGCUGCAGCGCUAUCUCUUCUACUGCAACCGCUACAUGAACCACAUGCAGUCGUUGCGCUUCGAGUCCAAGCUCUACGCCUCCGUCAAGGAGAAGAUGGAGGAGAUGCAGCAGCACAACAUGAGUUGGAUCGAGGUACAAUUCCUGAAGAAGGCGGUGGACAUCCUGUGCCAGUGCCGACAGACGUUGAUGUACACUUACGUGUUUGCGUACUACCUGCGCAAGAACAACCAGUCGGUGAUCUUCGAAGAUAACCAGCGGGAUCUGGAGUCGGCCACGGAGACGCUCUCGGAGUAUCUGGAGCGCGAUAUCACUAGCGAGAAUCUCGCCGACAUCAAGCAGAAGGUUCAAGAUAAAUACAGAUACUGCGACAGCCGGCGCAAGGUCCUACUGGAGCACGUGCACGAGGGCUACGAGAAGGACUGCUGGGACUACACAGAGUAACUUGCCGCACUAUUCUGUACUCAACAUCGCACCACACUCGCUCGCCCACACCAGCACAUACUGGCUCGCUGACUCCUCAGAAAACAUGCAUUCUGCCCACCAAAUGUGGCCCAUUUCUGGCCAACGGCCAAUAUUGGCAUUUACAUUAUUUGGCUCAAAUAAAUUACAUUCGUUUUUGUAAAACGUGGAUGUUGACAUACAUUUUUUUAGCUUUGAAAGAAGUGAAAUUCUUUGUCUGUCAUCAAGGAAUUGUUUCACUAAAUUCCUAUUCAUAGUGUAAUCAGCCAAGUACAGCUGUUCAAAACAUUUUUCAAUUAACAUCUUGUGAAUAUAGAGCCUAGAAAAUAUAGCUAAUAAAUAUUUUAUUCCGCUAUGGGCAUUAAAAUUCCAAUUGAAAGUUUCAAAUUACAUUUUUACAUGGUUGUAAAAUCCAUGUACUGCCAACUCAUGGUCAUGACAAUUUCGUUUGUAAACUAUUGCAUCUAGCAUGAAAUUAAUUAUAUUAACAAAUCCCUUAAAAAUGAAUAAAUAUUUUUAUUGAAUAUCAACAAUUUAAUUGUUAUUGUAUUAUGAAAACAAAACUGAAAAAUAUUUCAUUGUUGUUAUUUGGAUUAUUUUAAUAAAAUAUUUAGCAAUUUCAUCUUUUGCGUAUUUAAAGGUCACACAAUAGGGUCUCGGUAUCAUUGCGAAUAAAACUGAAAAUAAUUUAACCUCGAGGUUUAAAACCUAGUUGUGAAAGUAUUGCCUUGGUCUCUCUCUCGCCUUAUGUCCGAAAUUGUUUGUAAUAUAAAAUAUCAUUGGUUUCGCGACAAGAUACUGUUCCACGUAAAGUAUUGAUGAAGGGCAAGUAAGUGUAUCAGUUGUGGCAGCGGCACAGUGUACAGAUACAGACUACAUCUCGAACACUCGACAUAAGCUUCUAUACGGUCAGAUCUCCACAUGUAAUUUAAAAUAGAUUCGAUUAAUAUUUUUUGAAUGAUAACUUAGAAUUUUUAAUUUUGAAUAUUCGUUUUGAUAUUUUGGUAGCAGUCGCGUAAAUCGCUUAGUGUAGUUAAUAAUUUUAAACCUUAUUGCGUUGCUUAUUUGAAUAUUGUAUUAUGACCUCAUUUCUCACGUUAUUGUAAUAUACUGUGGUAUACAUUAAGUUCACGUUAGCGUUGAUUUGUAUCGCUUCUAUAUUAAUGGUAAAUGAGAUGAAAUCAAACAGAAUAGUGGCACAAUAUGUAAGUAAAUGAAUAUCGGUUAAGAAUAAACGAGAAAAUAUUUUUACCAAAAAUCCUAUUUUUGUUAUUAGGGUACUGUUAUCAGCAUAAAGAGUAAGCCCUUAGGGCCAGCGCAUACUGAACAGGGAAUCGCAAACGCAUGUCCGCAGUAUUUUUCUACUGAUAGGCAAUUUUGACUAUAUGCAAUUUAAAUGAAAUAUAAACUAAUACUACUUCAACUAGGCAAGGAAAUUGUAGUAAUUAUCAUAAAAUCUUUUCGGUUUAAAACAUUAUUAUUCUACAUUAAUAGUUGCCUGUUUAGUCUUAUGGUAGCAUAAUAUAUGGGAUAAGCGCAAGUAAAAGAUUUCUUGUAAAAAUAGAAAUGUAUGCGCGCGAAGUUUGGAACUAAUGUGCGCUGGCCCUCAGUGUUCGCACGGUGCCAUCGUUGAACUUCUAAGCUAUCAUGUCGUAUGUGGCGGUUGUUCACUAUAGGGAGUAGAUAGGGCGACAUUAAGGAAGCCCCUAAGAGAACCUCGUUUUUACAUCGAUAGUUAUCGUAUAGUAUUAAUUGUCUAAUCGCCGCUUUCAAUAAAAGAUCCCAAUCGCUUUUUCAAAUUUGCGGAAUGGACCAAUCAGAACGAAGUUUAUUGACAUGCUUACAAACGACUCAUCUUGAUUGGUUUAUUUUCGGGAUUGGAUCAAAGAUAAGGGUUGGGAUCGUUUACUGAAAAGACCGUUAAGCUAACGAUUGGUGUUAUUACUUCGGUAGAGUAAAAGUCGAUUAAACUGCAAUAUUUCGAUUGUAAUCUAGACUAAAACUCGAUAGAUAGGCUCCAGUGGCGAAGGAUCCGUAUGACCAGAUUCCUGGCGGCUUCCCUUUCAUAAUUUAUGUAAAAUAUAAUUAUCAUUAGGUGCAUAUUAAUAAUACCUAUAAGUUUUGUUGGGUUCCCUUUUGGAAAAAUUCACCCUUCGCCAUUAAUAAGCUUCCCAUUAGGCGUCAGUCUCGUUGCGUUGCUCCCUCGCCGCGUGUUGUCGCCGAGCACACGACCUCUACGGACCAGGAACUCGAUCAGCUUGUUACGUACUGAUAGAAUAUAAUAAUAAACUGACCUGACGGAAAUGUCCGAUAAGUAUAAUAGAAAUAGUCUGCAAUCCCAUUACGCACGCACUCUCUUCAAUUUCUAAGUAAAUUUUAAAUCACUAGAUCGAUGGAUGGUCUUAGAAGUUAACUGAUGGUAUUCUUUUUAUUCUGUGAUCGAAAUAUAAUUUAACGUCUACAAGGCGUUAACUUCAUAGUGUUGGUAGUACGGUACAUCCGAAUGACAGGCAACUUCAUACUCAUAUAGCAACACCGUGUUAUUGUAAUAUAAAAUACAAAAUUAACGACUGGUAUUGUAAAGAUUUAUUUAUGUAAGGGAUGGUAAUUUGCGCAGAUUCUGUCUUUUUAAAACGUAGUAUAGUGUUAAUGAAUUUUCGGAAACUACAGUCUUGGUACAAACGCGUAAAUAUUUUUGACAACACGAAAAUUAAUCGCUUUAUGUAAAAUAGCUCUGGCGUUACAUAUCUCACGUGGUACGAAACGGACAUAAGUCGGUUGCACUGCCAGUACGAUAGCUUGCGGUACUUCACAUAGUGAAUGCCUUCAUGAGGUCCUUGAUGUUUGAACGUAUGAGGACUUGUACACACAUACUAUUGUACAUAUAGAUGCUGUAUAGAUAUUUAUAUGGUAAACAUGUAACAAUACGCAAUGUAUUGUCGGGCAUCUUGUAUGUGUGUCUUUGGACACAGUUGUCUUAUGAUUAAGACGGAAAUAAAAAUAGUAACAUCGA